AUGGGUACUUCCAUACAGGUCCUACCACUUUAUACACGGUUUAAAGCCGGGAAGGGUAGACGAUACGCUCUACAUGGUGCUAAACAUUUUAGUACAUUAGAUUUACGUUCAGAUUUUUGGCAAGUAGAGCUCGAUGAGGAAAGUAAAGAGAAAACGGCAUUUGUGACACACGAUGGCUUAUUUCAAUUCACCGUGAUGCCGUUUGGUUUAACUAAUGCACCGGCUACAUUUCAACGCUUAUGGAAGUUAUUUUGUCCGGCUUGA